CAAACCCAAUAUAUAGAGCAAAAAGAAACUCCUUCAACAUGUUCCUAUCCUAUUUCCCUCCUCUUCUGUCCCUUUCUCUUCUCUUCCAAAAUGAAGUUCCAUGACAUUGAACUUCCCCUUGGGAGCACCACCCCAAAACACAUGAUCCCAAAGGUUACCUUCCUAGCAAUCCUAGCCUUGCUACUAUUUGCCAUCACCCCAGUGAGCUACCCUUUGUUCAGUUACUCCUCACUCUUGAAGAUCAACAAAUAUAAGCAACAACCCUCAUCAUAUGAUGGCUCAAAUAACCUUCCCUCAACAUAUGUGGAAAAGUGUGACAUUUUCAGUGGUGAAUGGGUGCCAAAUCCAAAGGCUCCAUAUUACACAAACAAAACAUGUUGGGCAAUUCAUGAGCACCAAAAUUGCAUCAAGUAUGGGAGGCCUGAUUCUGAGUUCAUCAAGUGGAGGUGGAAGCCUAAUGACUGUGAACUCCCCAUUUUCAACCCUUUUCAGUUUCUUGAAAUUGUCAAAGGAAAAUCCAUGGCCUUUGUUGGAGACUCUGUGGGGAGAAAUCAGAUGCAGUCCAUGAUUUGCCUUCUCUCAAGGGUGGAAUGGCCAAUAGAUGUAUCCUACACUAAUGAUGAAUAUUUUAAGCGAUGGAAGUACCCAAGUUACAACUUCACCAUGGCAACAUUUUGGACACCCCAUUUGGUAAGAACCAAAAUGGCAGAUUCAAAUGGUCCAACUAACACUGGCCUUUUCAAUCUUUAUCUGGAUGAGUUUGAUGAUAAAUGGACAACCCAAAUUGAAGAAUUUGACUACAUCAUUCUUGAUGGAGGCCAUUGGUUCUUCCGACCAAUGGUGUUCUACGAGAAGAAAAAAAUUGUUGGAUGCCAUUUUUGCCUCUUGGAAGAUGUCCCUGAUUUGACUAUGUUCUAUGGUUAUAGAAAGGCUUUUAGGACUGCAUUUAAAGCCAUCAAUAGUUUAGAAAACUUCAAGGGUGUAACAUUUCUUAGAACAUUUGCACCGUCUCAUUUUGAGAAUGGAAUUUGGAAUCAAGGUGGGAAUUGUUUGAGAACUAAGCCAUUUAGGAGUAGUGAGACAAGCUUAGAGGGCACUAAUUUGGAGUUAUAUAUGAUCCAAUUGGAAGAGUUUAAGAUUGCUGAGAAGGAAGGUAGAAAUAAGGGUUUGAAAUUUAAGUUACUUGACACAACACAAGCAAUGUUAUUAAGACCAGAUGGUCAUCCAAGUAGAUAUGGACAUUGGCCACAUGAGAAUGUGACAUUAUAUAACGAUUGUGUGCAUUGGUGUUUGCCAGGACCUAUAGACACGUGGAGUGAUUUCUUGUUGGAAAUGUUGAAGAUGGAGGGCAUUAGAUCUGCAACAAGUUAACUAUUUUUUCUUGUAAACUAUUAUUGACAAUACUAUUUUUUAUUUUAUUUUUAAAGAUAACAUUUGUCGUGCUAUAAUAAUUUUGGACAUUUUUUAUUUAUAGAAAAAACAAUUGAAGAUUUACAUGUUCAA